GGUGUUCCAGCGCAGAGCAGUUAUGCGGCUGAAAUUGUAUUUGAUGCAUCUCCUAAAAGAAACUCAAAUCUGAAGAUGCUAAGUGAGGAACUGGAAAGGCAGACAAAGGUAACACAGAAGCUGCAAGAGCAGGUGGAACAGGCAACCAAACUCACUAUGGAGAGGAUGGGGCGCACCCUGGGAAGAGUGACCCCUAGAACAUCCACCAGCUUGAGGCUGCACCCCAGUGAUAUUCCAUCGGAGCUGAAGGUUCCUGAAGCACAUUCCCUCAGCCAGGACUCUGGUGUCCUGCCAGUCAGCUGUGACUUGGACAUACUUUUUCACAAUAUGAACCACACUGGGAAGGAUACGGUAGAAGAGUACUCUCAGAAGGUCUCAGAGCUGCAGAGACAGCUGAGCGAGACACAUGAACAUCACGGGAAGCAAAACGCUUACCUUUGCCAAUGCAUAAUGAAGCUACAGACCAAGCUACAUGAGAGUCAGAUUGAGAUGGAUGCCCUAUUAGAACUGAGAAUGAAGGAGUCCCAGGGGCAGGCAGACUUGGUGGGGAAACUUCAACAGACAAUUGGGGAGCUACAGGCUAGCAGGCAAGCUGGAGACCAGAGGCUUCUGGAUGCUGAAGAAAGGGCACAGUCGGUUUGCAGAAAGAAGGAGGCCUUGGAGCAGAGUCUACAGGAAGUGAUUUCCGUGCUGUUGGUCUAUGAAAAGGGAAACGGCAGGAACGCUUACGUAGUCCAGCAUGCUGCUAGCCCAGACCAGCUGUCCCUGGGGGUCAUGGUGGGGAGUGUGCUAAAGGACCUGGAGGAAGAGAAUGCCAGCCUGCGUGGGAGAAUCCUGCCUAUGGAAGAGCAGCUGGAGGCUCUGAAGUUGGAGUGCCAGGAAAAAAUAUUCCUUAUGAUGAAGGAGCAAACAGAAAGAAUGAAUCAGAUUCUUACCAGCCAUGACCAGGAGGUGGCAGUAUUGACAGAAAAACUAAGCAGUUCCCAGGGCAGUGCCACUAAUUUGCUUGCUCAGGUGGAACAGCUACAAAGACAAGCUGAAGAGCAGACCUCAGUGUACCAGAGUCAGAUGACUGAUCUGGAGUCAGCGCUCUCCAGUCUGCGCUCUGAAUUACUGGAGGCUCAGCAGACACAUAAAGACAAGGUGGUGACUCUGGAAAAUCUGCUGGCUGAGGUGGCCUCAAGGCUGGAAGACGCCCAGAGGGAGAGCGAUCUGGGAAUCCAGAAGGCCAAGGAUAUGGACUCUCGUCUCUGUCAGGCCACGGCAGAGCUGCAGCAGGCCCGAGAGGAGCUGGCCCUGGAGAAGGAGCAGAACAGGCGACUCAGGGAGCGGGACAGGAGCCACAGCCUGGCCAUCGAGGGGCUGCACAAGAAACUGGAGGCCCAGAGCCAGGGGGCGUCAGAGCUGGAGAGCCUGGUGGCCUCCCUAAAGGAGGAGUGUCAAUCACUGAAGGGGAAGCAGGUGGCAGUGGAGAAGCAGCAGAGUGAAAUGCAGGAGGAAGCUGCCCAUCUACACAACAAGCUGAAGGAGGCCCGUGGCCUGCUGGAGGAGCGGGAGCACGAGAAAGAGAUGCUGCAGGCCCUGCUUAAGAAUGAGGAGCGCGAGGGGAAGAGGCUGCGGGCUCAGCUGGAGGAGCAUGUGCAGAAGGGGAAGAGACUAAAGGCUCUGCUGGAAGAGCAAAGGCACAAAGCCAAGAGGCUGCACGAGCUGCAGGUGGAGAAGGAGUGUGAGGGGAAGAGACUACAGGAGCUGCUACAGGAGAAGGAGCAUGAGGAGAAGAGGCUGCAGAAGCUGCUAGAGGAGACGGGGCUGGAGCUGCAGGAGGGUCAGGCCCAGCUGGAGGCGGCACAGGAGCAGGCCCAGGCCCUCAGGGUGGAGGGAGAGUCCUUGCGGCUCAAGCUGGAGGAUAGGGAGCAGACAGUGGACCUACUGCAGCUGCAGAUGGAAGGCAUGACCCAGUUAUCUCUGCAACACAGCCAGAGCAUCAACACGCUUCAGGAAGAGAGGGAGUGGUUUGUGAGCGAGAUCGACAAACACAAGCUGGAGGUCCAGCAACUUAAGGCAGGUUUGGAGCAGCGGGACCACAUGCUGAGGGCUUUGGAGCAGGAACAGCUUCAGCAGAAAGCCGCAAUGUCAGAGAAGACCCGCAACUUGAAGGAGCUGAUGCUGGAGAAAAAGCAACUGACGGGAAAGCUGGAGGUACAACACGCACAGCUGGUCAGCCUAACAGAGGAGCUGGAAAGCUUAAAGAAGACCCACAGCAGUAAGAUUGAGGAGCUGGAGGGCAUCGCUGCCAAGCUGAGGGCCCAGCUGCAUACUGUCCGUGCUGAUCUCUACCAGGCAAAGAGCACCCUGAGGACCCUGGAGGGGGCAGAUGAGCAUGGAAUGAAAGUUGCCAUGGGGAUGCAGAGACGGAUCACUGCCAAGCGGGAACAGAUCGACACCCUCCAGGGGAGGAUCCAGCUGCUGGAGGAGACCACAGACAAACUGACCCAGGAGAAGCAGCAGCAGGCCGCAGAACGUAGGCGGCAGAGCCAGGAGCUCAGCACCAUGAGCACUGAGAAGAAGCAACUGGAAGCCGAAGUGGAGACUCUGCACUGCCAUGAAAAACAGCUGAGGGACAAGGUCAGCAAGCUGGAGGCAGCCCUCGACAAGAUGGCUGAGAGGUUUACUGAGUGCCAGGACUUCAUGCAGCAGCAGGAGCAGGAAUACAUGCGCCUCAAACUGCAGCACGCCCUUGACGUGAAGGAACUACAAGGAGAGAAGUUGCGAGCCAAUGGGAACCUGCGGCAGACAACGUUGUGUAACCCACCCCUUCCCACCCAGCUGCUCCGCUCGCAGAUCUUUUCUGGGCAGUGCCAGCAGAAUAACCCCACCAGGGAGCUGAGGUCCCUCGUCAAGGAGCUGCGCAGCGUAAUCGAUGAGGAUGACAGAUCAAGCCCCAUCAUCAGCAAGCCUCCAAAAGACAGACCCUACAGAUCAGAUCUGGAACCACUAACCCUACACACCGCUGAUCUGGAUGAGGGGAUCAUGAACAACACCUUCUUCAGCGACGGCUGUGAGGUAUCCUUUACUGUCGCACCGCGAUACACAUCCUCGCCACGAGGCUUGGCAUCGGGCCGAAGGUCCCCUGUACACUCCCUGCUCACGUCGAGCCCCCACCCCGCAGCCCCACUGCAAGCCCAUCUUGAGAAGGGUCCUUUCACAGACCUCCACACAAGAAAGGUGUGCAAGAGGCUGCAGGGCAAACUGGACAACUUGGAGAGCAUAGUGGAGGACCUCCAGAGCAAGGCCCAAGACAGUGGAGCAGUACCUGGACCAGAUUUCCAUUAG